AUGGAGAAUUUUGAAAACUUAAUCAAGUUUGCAAAGAAAAACCACCUCGAGGUUGACUCUGAUCAUUCCACCAAAGGCCGUCUACUCGGAAGGCUGAGACCAUACAUUACCACCGACAUAGGCGAAUAUAUGGAAUCUAGUGACAUCAUACGCCGUACUCGAACUGUUGAUGUUGAGUAUUUGCCGGGAAUUACGUGGAUCAAUUCCAGCAAACAUCAGGAGAUGGACUUUUCCUUCAUCCUCUAUGGCAACGAAGCCUCUAUUGGCACAUGGUACUCCUCUGCUGCGCUUAUCGUCGGUAUCCCACCCUUCUACAAGCGACAGGAACUCGCUUCAGCCCGAAGUUGGUAA